AUGGCCGCCCCCGCAUCCGGCCUGGGCGCAUCCCGACGCGCUGCCCUGGGGUUCCUGCUGCUGGUGCUUCUGCAGACGCCCCUGGCCCGGGCCACCGCCGCGGCCCACCAACACCUUAAGAGCUCGGGGGACUCCCUGAGCAGUGCUGUGGCCUGUGGCCGGCGCGCGGUGCAGGGCAAGAUCCUGGGCGGUGUGUCCGCGCCCCCAGAGAAGUGGCCAUGGCAGGUCAGCGUGCAGUAUGCCGGCUUCCACGUGUGCGGGGGCUCCAUCCUCAACGAGUACUGGGUGCUGUCGGCCGCGCACUGCUUCGGCAGGGACAAGAGCAUCCAGAUCUUUGACAUGUACGUGGGCAUCGUCAACCUCCUGGUGGCCAACAAGCACACCCAGUGGUUUGAGGUGAACCAGGUGAUUCUGCACCCCAACUUCGAAAGGUUCCACCCUGUGGGGGCUGAUGUGGCUCUGGUGCAGCUGAAGACCCGCAUUGUGUUUUCCGAUGCCGUCCUUCCGGUCUGCCUGGCACCUCCUGAUGUGAACCUCACCAACCUUUCUUGCUGGGCCACUGGGUGGGGAGUGGUCACGCAGCAAGGUCACACCACGGAUGAGCUGCAGGAGGUCCAGCUGCCGCUGGUCUCCAAGGCUCUGUGUGCAGUGCUGUACAGACACUCGUCCUAUAUCCUGCCAGACAUGGUGUGUGCUGGGGACCUCUUUAACGUGAGGACUGUGUGCGAGGGUGACUCUGGGGGGCCGCUGGUCUGUGAAUUCAACCACACAUGGUUGCAGAUUGGAAUCGUGAGCUGGGGCCGCGGAUGUUCCCAGCCCUUGUUCCCUGGAGUGUAUGCCCGGGUCUCCUAUUUCUCAAACUGGAUCCGGUAUAACAUAGAAAUCACACCCAUUCCUCCUCAGCCAACCCCUGCUCUCUGCCCCAUCCUGGAAGUCACUGUUGGUGUCCUUGUGGCCAUUCUGGUGGGCCUGUUAGUGUUGUGA